CGUUUCCUGUUUUUUCCCUCUGCUGCUUGUUAUUUAUCCGCCCAGCCGCCUCCGGUUAUCGUUUCGAGGCCAGCGGCGCUUGUUUCAGGUGGGCUUCGGGGGCGGGGAGGCGGCCAUGAAGAAGUUCUUCCAGGAAAUCAAAGGCGAAUUGAAGUUCAAGACGGCCGGGCCGGGCCAGAAACUCAACGAGUCGCCUAGGGAAAAAUCCACCAAGGAGAAACCCAAACCGGACACUGCCAAAUGUCGCCAAGGGCCCACCAACGAAGCUCAGAUGGCUGCAGCCGCCGCCUUGGCCCGGCUGGAGCAGAAGCCCAAGCCUCGCCCGCCCUCAUCGCAAGACGCCAUCCGGAAUCAGGUGAAAAGGAGCUUAUGGCUGAAGCAGCUGCGAGCGAUAAGGGACUACCUGUGGAUCAGAAGAAUUCCUUGCUUGAUGUCGAAGAAGACACCUUCCACUCUGUCCGUCUCGGGCGUCUACUUCACUUGCCCGUUAACUGGCGUCACCGUCCGAAAAGACAAAAGGGAGGCGCAGGUCAAAGCGGCCAUCCUUGAGCAUGCUUCCAAAGAUCCCGUGGCCGCCUCCGUCAUGCAGAUCCACACGUUCAACAGGGACCGGGAGAAGGUCAAACUCGGAGUGGAGACCAUCGCUAAGUAUCUUGAUAAUAUCCAUCUCCACCCGGAAGAGGAAGAAUACCGGAAAAUUAAGAUGCAGAACAAAAUUUUCCAGGAAGGAUUCACUGCCUGGAAGGAGCAGACCAAUUUUUCCAGGCGGUCGGGUUCGAAAAGGUUGCCCUGGAUGUCGCCGGACAAGAAGAGGACGGAGGACUUCUACGUCUUGAAGGACGAAGCCUUGGAGAAGCUGGAGGACCUGAAGGAGCACAAAGAGCUGCUGAACGGGGAGCCAGUGAGGGCGAAGCUGGAUCGCCAGCUCCAAAUUUUCAAGCCUUCCCCCGAAGCGUCUCACUUCGAGCUGCCGAGCGACUUCUUCAACCUCACCGCGGAGGAGCUGAGGCGGGAGCAGAGGCUGCGGACAGACGCAGUUGAGAAGGCUUCCAUGCUGAGGACAAAAGCCAUGCGGGAGAAGGAGGAGCAGCGGGAGCUGAAACGAUACAACUACACCCUCCUGCGCAUUCGCUUCCCUGAUGGUUACAUCCUGCAAGGGACCUUCUACGCCCGGGAGCCCGUUUCAGCCCUGUUCCACUUUGUGCGGGAGACUCUGCAGAAUGACUGGCUGCCGUUUGAGCUGCUGGCCCCCGGGGGCCACAAACUGACCGAUGAGAACUUGGCGCUCAACGAAAGCGGGCUGGUGCCCUCGGCGCUUCUGACCUUCAUUUGGGACGCCGAGGUCAUGGAGGACAUCCGAGCCUCCCGGAGCGAGCACAUGGGAAGCGUGCUGAAGCCCGACCUGCUGCUCACGGUGCAGAUGCUCUGAAAAUAAAGGCGCGAUGGGGUUGGAUCCGGUUCCGUCCUGUGUGGUCCCCGACUCUUCCGAAGCCAGCCUCUUGACUUUCCCUGCUUCCUGCCCA